GUCUCACCGGUACUCGUCCAGUUGUCCGCCGACUAGCCUCUCCCGCUUCUACCGCGGCGGUUCGGCUCGGGCAAAUCUGACAACAAGCAACAUUUGUCCACUUCAAGCUCACUUAAAAUCCGUCAUGGCACCGCCGUGGUGUUGAGGCGGCUCCGCUUUCACGCUCGUCCGGUGGACUGCGCUCAUUCGACGCUCGGAUAUCUCGCCAGAGGCCACAAUGAGCUCAGAGGACCCCGACGAGCCGCGGGACAGGCCCGACAGCAGGAGCAGCAGCAGCACGACCACCAGCAGCAGCAGUAGCGGCGGCGGGGGAUCCGACAAAGAACCCCACAUGGACGGCUCGGACCACGAUGCAGACCUCGCUCGUAGCUGCCCUCCUUCCCCGCCGGCAACCAGCGACACUUUGGAAGAUCGUCAAGAAUCAGCCGCCGCGCCUCAAUCGGCAGGCGGCGACGGCAGUGGGGUUUCGGGCUGCGACACUAGCCGGGCUCCGAGUCUUUUCUCGUGGCUUCAGAACAGGUCCAUUAGGCGCGGCGUAUUUGUGGACCCGGUGCGGGACAAUUUCAGGACCAUGACUAGCUUGUACAGCUCCAUGAACCCGGCCGCCGACUCAGUCAACCUGAGCACCAAGACGCACGGUGCCGUGUUCAACCUGGAAUACUCUCCAGACGGGUCUGUGCUGACGGUGGCCUGCGAGCAGACCGAGGUCCUCCUCUUUGAUCCUAUCUCGUCCCGACACAUCAAAACCUUGACGGAGGCCCAUGAGGACUGUGUCAAUAACAUAAGGUUCCUGGACAACCGUCUGUUCGCCACGUGCUCGGAUGACACCACCAUCGCGCUGUGGGACCUGCGCAAGCUCAACUCCAAGGUUUGCUCGCUGCACGGCCAUGCCAGCUGGGUGAAGAACAUCGAGUACGACACCAACACGCGCCUGCUGGUCACCUCCGGCUUCGACGGCAACGUCAUCACGUGGGACACCAACAGAUUCACGGAGGACGGCUGCCCGCACAAGAAGUUCUUCCACACACGCUACCUGAUGAGGAUGCGUCUGACACCCGACUGCUCCAAGAUGCUCAUCUCCACGUCGUCGGGCUACCUGCUCAUCCUGCACGACUUGGACCUCACGCAGUCGCUGGAGGUGGGCAGCUACCGCAUGCUGCGGGCCAGGCGGACGCCGCUCACUUCAGACGGAGGCGCGCUGGCAUCCCGCUCGGCCGGACCGCGCCACGGAAACGACUCCGCCAAGUUGCACCCGCAUAGAGAAGGCCUUUCUCCCCGGAACAGCCUGGAGGUUCUGACCCCGGAGAUCCCGGGGGAGCGGGAUCGAGGGAGCUGCAUCACGUCCCUGCAGCUCCACCCCAAAGGCUGGGCCGCACUCAUACGCUGCUCCAGCAACAUGGACGAUCGGGAGUGGACGUGCGUGUACGAGUUCCAGGAGGGCGCUCCCACCCGCCCGCCAGCGUCCCCACGCUGCUCCCUGCGCCUGACUCACUUCAUCGAGGAGGCCAACGUGGGGCGGGGCUACAUCAAGGAGCUUUGUUUCAGCCCGGACGGACGCCUUAUCUGCUCGCCGUACGGCUACGGUGUGCGUCUGCUUGCCUUUGACGACAGCUGCGGCGAGCUAGCCGACUGCGUGCCGGUGGAGACGGCUUGCCUGCGCGAGGUGCGCUCCAUCUACUCUCACAGCGACGUGGUGCUCACCACCAAGUUCUCACCCACACACUGCCAGCUGGCCUCGGGCUGCCUGAGCGGCCGGGUGGCACUCUACCAGCCCAAGUUCUAGCAGAACACGCCCACCCAGGUACGCCCGCGUCUUCUAUGCACACCUUCUCAAAAGUGCUGCGGCCCGCCGGGGACGUUUCCAGUCCGUCCCGAAGCGACAGCGGCCUCAACGAUUCGCUCUGCCUUAAAUUGCACAUUUAAGGUGGAACCUUAGGGGCGAGGCGUCCGACGGCUGCUUAGCACGUCCGUCCGGCUUGCCCUUGUGAGGCUCGACUUGGAAUCUAUGCUGCGGCCGUCCCGUGUGGACCAUCCUCGUGGUCUCCGCGUGCUUGCGUGCAUUUUCUCAAGAAGUUGUCUGCAUGUGAGCUAAACUGAAGAUUGAAAAUUGUCCAAAGGUCUGAAAGUGAGCGUGAUGGCUUCUUUGUCUCAAUGCGAUUGGCGGGCUGCCCUGUGACUUUUUAGAAGGGGGGAAAAAAAUUAAAUUAAUAUUAAAUUAAAUUGAUAAAAUAAUUCUAAGAAAAAUGGCUUUUCCUAGAAAUAUUGCAACUUUUUCUCAAAGUGGAAAAACCAGACUCUAAUCUUGAAACUUUUUCUUUCAACGAGACUUAAAUCUUCAGAUUUUCUCAAACCACCGCAAAUUUCUAGAAAAAAAGUACAGUUUUUAUAAAAGCGUUUCCCUCAAACAGUGCGGAAAACACUGCUUGCAUCUUGAAAUAUUUCUCAAUAAGCUUACUUUGUUAGAAAAAAAUAUAAACAUAAAAACAUAAACAUUUGACAAAGAUUUAUUCUUGUAAAAUUGAAGUGAUUUUUUUUCUCUCUCAAUCCAAACCAUAAUCUAACUUUAAAGAAAAAAGUAAAACAAAAAACACUACUUUUUUUUGCCCAAUAUUCAAUUGACUGUCUUCUUUUUUAAAUUUUCCUGCCCCCCGAUUGGUCGCCAUUGGUUAGCGACCAAUCUGGAGUCCACCCUGCUUAGGCCCCAGCUCGCCCGCAAAAUGAAUGAAUGGAGAAAUAUUUUGUUGACUUGCGAGCUGGUUGCUUUCCACGUUGACUCAACAUGGCACGACAUGGACACCGCUGCCUUUGGCUCAUGUUUCCGCCUCGUGGCCUUUCAGCGUUUUAUUUUUUUUUGUCAUAGCAAUCUGUCAACAAUGGCGUUUAGGUGACUUUUUUUUUCUCUUUGCGUUCUCGCCUCCUGUUCAAAUAUCGAGAGCCAUCCAUCCAUCCAUCUUCUUCCGGUUAUCCGGGGUCGGGUCGCGGGGGCAGCAGCUUUGGAGGGACUCCCAGACUUCCCUCUCCCCAGCCACUUCAUCCAACUCAUCCCAGGGGAUCCCAAGGCGUUCCCAGGCCAGCUGAGAGACAUAGUCUCUCCAGCGCAUCCUGGGUCGUCACCGGUGUCUCCUACCGGUAGGACAUGCCCGGAACACCUCUCCAGGGUGGCAUCCAGGAGGCAUCCUGAUGAGAUGCCCGAGCCACCUCAUCUGGCUCCUCUCAAGGUGGAGGAGCAGCGGCUCUACUCUGAGUCUGUCCCGGUUGACCGAGUUUCUCACCUUAUCUCUAAGGGACACCCUGCGGAGGAAACUCAUUCCGGCCACUUGUAUCCUGGAUGUGGUUCUUUUGGUCACGACCCAUAGCUCGUGACCAUAGGUAAGGGUAGGAGCAUAGAUCGACCGGUAAAUGGAGAGCUUUGCCUUUUGGCUCAGCUCUCUCUUCACCACGACGGACCGGUACAGAGAAAAUCAGAGACACGAUGCUGAGGUCCCCAAACCGGACACCCUCAAUGCCUCGGCUGCGCCUAGAAAUUCUGUCCAUAAAAAUUAUUAACAGAAUCGGUAACAAAGGGCAGCCUUGGCGGAGUCCAACCCUCACUGGGAACGAAUCCGACUUACUGCCUGAAAUGCGGACCAAACUCUGGCAUCGGUGAUACAGGGAUCGAGACACUUAUCAGUUGGCUCGGCACCCCGUACUCCCAAAGCACCAUAGAGGCGUGUCAGCCAUGACAGCCCCACAACAUCCAGAGCCUUUAAGAACUCCGGGCGGAUCUCAUCCACCCCGGGGGCCUUGCCACCGAGGAGUUUUUUUAACUACCUCAGUGACUUCGACCCCAGAAAUUGGAGAGUACGCCUCAGAGUCUCCAGGCCAAGCUUCCACAAUGGAAGGCGUGUCGGUGGAAUUGAGGUCUUCAAAGUAUUCUCCCCACCGACUCACAACGUCCCGAGUCGAGGUCAGCAGCACGCCAUCUCCACUGUAAACAGUGUUGACUGUGCACUGCUUCCCCCUCCUGAGACGCCGGAUGGUAGACCAGAAUUUCCUCGAAGUCGUUCAGAAGUCAUUUUCCAUGGCCUUGCCAAAGUCCUCCCACGCCCGGGUUUUUGCCUCCGCAACCGCCAAAGCCGCGUUCUGCUUGGCCAUCCGGUACCUGUCAGCUGCCUUCGGAGUCCCGCAGGCCAAAACGGCCCGAUAGGACUCCUUCUUCAGCUUGACGGCAUCCCUUACCGCCUGUGUCCACCAGCGGGUUCGGGGAUUGCCGCCACGACAGGCACCAACGACCUUACGGCCACAGCUCCGGUCGGCUGCCUCAACAUGGUCCACUCGGACUCAAUGUCCCCGCCUCCCCCGGGACGUGGGAAAAGCUCUGCCGGAGGUGGGAGUUGAAGCUCUUCCUGACAGGGGAUUCUGCCAGACGUUUACAGCAGACCCUCACAGAGCAUUUGGGUCUGCCAGGUCGGACAGGCAUCUUCCCCCACCAUCGGAGCCAACCCACCACCAGGUGGUGAUCAGUUGACAGCUCCGCCCCUCUCUUCACCCGAAUGUCCAAAACAUGCGGCCGCAAAUCCGAUGACACGACUACAAAGUCGAUCAUCGAACUGCGGCCUAGGGUGUCCUGUUGCCAAGUGCACACAUGGACACCCUUAUGCUUGAACAUGGUGUUCAUUAUAGAGAAUCCGUGUCGAGCACAGAAGUCCAACAAUAGAACACCGCUUGGGUUCUGAUCGGCGGGGCUGUUCUUCCCAAUCACGCCCUUCUAGGUCAUUGUCCACGUGAGCAUUGAAGUCACCCAGUAGAAUGAUGGAGUCCCCAGAAGAAACGCUCUCCAGCACUUCCUCCAGGGACUCCAAGAAGGGUGGGUACUCUGAGCUGCCGUUUGGUGCAUAGACACAAACAGUCAGGACCUGUCCCCCCACCCGAAGGGGGAGGGAGGCUACCCUCUUGUUCACCAGGGUGAACCCCAAUGUGCAGGCGCCCAGCCGGGGGGGCAAUAAGUAUGCCCACACCUGCUCGAUGCCUCUCACCGUGGGCAACUCCAGAGUGGAAGAGAGUCCAGACCCUCUUGAGAGGGCUUGUACCAGAGCCCUUACUAUGUGUGGAGGCAAGUCCGACUAUGUUUAGUCCAGGGGUGGCCAACCAGUCAGAGACUAAGAGCCACAUUUUUUACUGUAUCAUCGCAAAGAGCCACAUCAUACACAUAACCCCCCCACACACACACACAAGUCCACAAACAGAUAUAACAAUUUUCAAUAACGUUUUUCUCUUACUAUGCUGCUUAGUGGGACUUCUGGCAUUCCUUGUCCUGAACAACCCUCCUCAAAUGUGGCUUGUAUUCUGUUGUUGCCACUCGAAGCAACUCUUUCACAUGAGUGUCAGUCAGAACAGAUCGAGGCUUUGAUUUCACAUGUUUCAGGGUGGAAAACACAGACUCGCAGACGUACGUUGACCCAAACAUCGACAGUAUCUUAAACACAGUUUGACGUUGGGGUAUUUUUCCAUUGGCACACUUUUCCAGAACUCAAUGGUGCCUUCCCUGAAAACAGUUUUCAGUUGAUUCUCCUCACAAAGAUCCAUCAUCUCCAACUCAGUCGCAGCCUCAUCUGUGAUGAGCGGGGUUUUCAAACAGUCUGUCUCUGCAUUAAAUGGAUCUACAAGGAACGUAAUCUGUGGUCUUUUCAGUUGUAGAUCACAGAACCGAGUCACAAAGCUUUCGUGCAGGUUUUCAACCAGUGUUGCAUAUCUGUCUAUUUUUUUCAAGGCGGCAACGGUGACUUGUUUACUGGCUUUUAGCAGAGUAGGAAAAUGCGUUAAAUCUCCCUUUUUAAUAUGCGCCUUGAACAGCUUCAGUUUGUUGAUAAACGCAAACACAGAUUGCACGAGGUCAGGCAGCAUUUUUAAUUUGCCCUGCAGGGUCAGGUUCAGUCUGUCCAAGUGAGACAGCAUGUCGACCAAAAAUGCCAGAUCCAUAAUCCACACGAGGUCCGAGAGGUCGGGAUAGUCCUUGCCCUUCUCUUCCAUGGACAGUUUCACGGCAUCCAAAAGCUCAAAGAAGCAAGAGAGUACUUUGCCUUUUGACAGCCACCUCACAGUGCAGUGCAGCGGCAGGUCACCUGAAAGCCCUUGGUCCAACUCAGCGAUGAGAUUCCUGAAUUGCCUGUGGUUAAGCGCAUGUGUGCGGAUGUAGUUGACGAUUUCCAUCACAAGUUUCAUGACUUUGUCUAAAUUCAAUGAUUUAGACACGAGUUGCUCCCUGUGGAUGAUGCAAUGGAAAUUCCAAAAGUCGGGAAAUGUUUGGUCAGUUUUGCACAGCCCCACAAGCCCGUUCACGGAUCCGAUCAUGGCCGGUGCUCCAUCCGUGGCUAUUGCAGUUAGUUUAGCGAUGGGCAGGUUUGCUUUUGCAAAUGCAGCCAUCAUUGUUUCUUUCACAUCUAUGCCACGGGUUCUGUCUUUUAAUGGCACAAUAUCAAGGAGUUCUUCUUUGAUCAUAAAUUUGUUUGACACAGACCGUGCAAAUAUUGCCAACUGAGGCUUGUCUUGUAUGUCACAACUCUCAUCCAAUGCCACACUAAAAUGAAGGUGAGAGUGCAACUGUGAUUCAAUAGCCCUGUUAAUGUCCGAUAUUCUGCGUUCAACAGUGUGGCGGGAGAGUUGGACAUCUGAUAUGCUUUAUUUUAGUUUGUCGUCUUUAGGAGACAAGAUUUAAACAGCCUCAAUGAGGCAUUUUUUAAUGAAGUCCCCUUCGUUGUAUGGCUUUUUAGCCUGUGCAAUGUUCCAAGCCAGUUGAUAUGAUGCAAGCGUUACGGUCUCUGAGUGGUUUGUAAAUUUUUGGAAAAAAUGCAUCUGCUUUUCUGCCUGACUUUUCAAAGUGACCAACCUGUGCUUGCGAAGUUCAGUCCCUUUUGGAAAUUCCUGGUCGAUAUUAGGAUGGACUGAGCUGAAGUGACGCUGAAGAUUUGAAGCUUUGAAAUGCGCUAAUGAUGCCUGACAUAUAAGGCAGAAUGGCUUGCCAUUACGUUCAACGAAAAAUAUAAACUCUCCCACUCUGUUAAAAAUGUCCUGUGUUCUUCUUCGUAUUUUUGUUUGGCUGUGCUUUCUUUCCCUGCCAUUUUGAGAGCGAACUUGAAACAAAUAAUUUAAAACUCAAAUGAUCACGCGCAUUUGUCGUCAUUUAGAGUACGUCAUUCUUCUUCUUUUUAACUCAAACCGAUUCAACUGGUCAGCGCGCCACCUAGGGGGAAUAAAUGGCAGCGCCAGCCAAGCAUUUUGACGCUUGUCAUGUGAAAUCUCCUGAAGAGCCGCAUGAAACCAGCCAAAGAGCUGCAUGCGGCUCGCGAGCCGCUGGUUGGCCACCGUUGGUCUAGUCGAAACUUUUCUGCCUCACACCAGCUCGGGCUCCUUUCCAACCAGAGGUGACAUUCCAUGUCCCUAGAGCCAGCCUCUGCAGCCGGUGAUCGGACCGCCAAGGUCCCUGCCUUUGGCCGCCGCCCAGCUCACUUUGCACCCGACCCCUUCACCCCACAGGUGGUGAGCCCAUGGGAAAGGGGACUCACGUUUUCUUUUCGGGCUAUGCCCGGCCGGGGCCCCAUGGGCGAAGGCCCGGCCACCAGGCGCUCGCCUUCGAGCCCCACCUCCAGGCCUGGCUCCAGAGGGGGGCCCCGGUGACCCGCGUUCGGGCGAGGGAAAACUAGAGCCAAUCCAAUCGUCAUCAGGGGUUUUGUGAGCCGUGCUUUGUCUGGCCCCUCACCUAGGACCCUUUUGCCAUGGGUGACCCUACCAGGGGCAUGAAGCCCCAGACAACAUGGCUCCUAGGAUCAUAGGGGCACGCAAACCCCUCCACCAUGGUAAGGUGACGACUCACGGAGGGGAAAUAUCGAGAGCCUCACCUAGAAAUGGGAAAUAGUUCCGAGUUGUUUUCCCUUUUCACCAUUAUGAGACUAAAGAAAAAUCCAUAAUGACCAAGACAUUUCUUGAGAAUUUUUUUCUCAUCCAUCUUUUUUUUUUUUUUUUUUUUACCCUUGUCUGAGUAUGCGUUAGGUUUCUAUACUAACUAAUAAUAGAAAAAAAGAUGAAAGCCAAGUGUGAACUACUAUGCAUACUAGCCGCAGUCGGUAAUCAAUAAGGGCUGUUAGGACCACACUGGAAUGGAAGGUGGGGAUAAAAAAAAAACAUAAAUAUACGACAACUCUCGUAUUCCGACUUCCUAGUUAAACAAAUAUCUCAUAAAAGCACUGCUUAGUCUCGUAUCAUUCAGACUUUUUAUGAAUGGGGAAAAAAAGCUUGUCUACACAUUUCUAAAUUUCUUCUCGUGCUACAAUAUUUUUUUUUCUUUCCAGUAUGGCCCUAAUAUUUAUGACAUAUACACAUAGUUUGUUCUUGCGCUUAUUUCUUAUGAAAAUAGGACUUAAUUGAAAACUGAUAUUCAAGGUGAGCCUGAAAGACAACGGAUGGAAAUGCAUUUAUUGACUUAUUUAUUUCAUCAAAGUUCUGACUUUGUGCUUCUCUGGAGCUGUUUUUUGAGUAUGUAAUGUGGGUGGAAAUUGUUUUUCGGGUUUUCCCAAAAUGUAAUGUCAGAAUAAUCAAUAACUCAAACGAAUACUGAGGUCACUCAGUUUGCUCCUAUUGAAAGACUGAAAUAAGCGCAAAAUAUGAAUUCAACAGAAAACAAUUUUCAACAAUUGUUUGCAGUGCUCUUCUGCAUAUGUUUGUGUGUGUUUGUGUGUGCGUUUGUGUACAUGCGGUGCCAAGUUGUAUUCACGCACUGAAUUAUCCUGAGCUAUGAAACAUUAAAAAAAGGAAGGAAAGGUACUUUGUCUUGGCAACAAUAAACAAGAAAUUGCUUUGUUUUGAAA